AUGCCUUACACCCCGGGAACCGUCCCUCUUGUCAUCCCACGUACUUCUCGCUUGGAUGACCUAGUCAAGUCACUUCCCUGCGGAUUAUUACAAUCACAAGUCAGUCAUUCAAAACAAAUCACCGCAGCAGGUACUACCGUCCGCAGUCUCUGGCAUGACCUUUACAAAUCUUUUUUAGCUCCCCACCGCUCACCCGCUCAAGCCCCCCACCCCCGCCCUCUCUCACAACCACAGCUUUCUUGCUUGUUUUGGUCAAUGAUUCUUCUUGAAUAUCCAGAUAGCAUUGGGAGCCAUUUGAAUGUGGCAAUUGAACAUGUUCAAAAAGCCAUCGAACAUGAUAUGAACCAGAGAUAUAGCAAAGCAUGCGUGGGGUAUCUCGAGUCUCUACCUCAUUUUAUGCUUGCCUCCAAACAAGAAACGAAUGUAGGGAUGAGAGCUCUUAUCGUCCAAAAGAUGAAGGAGUACCUGGACAGGAUCGAUGUCUUGAAGCGCAAGGGUUCAAACACGGACACUGCGGCUAGCCGAGGUCUCGCUGUUGGACUCGAGCGACGUAUUAGUGUGCCACCUGGAUUUCCCAAAGAACCAGAUAGACAUGAGUAUGAUCAUGAUCAUGGCGGCACGAGCUUGGCACGGCGCACAGCCCCAAUUCCGAAACCUACCUCCAUCAUACAUCCCCCGAGCGCACCGAAAGAAAAAGAAACGCAGUGGAGUGACAUCGUCGGUCUGGAGUCGGCCAAAACCGUACUAAAGGAAGGAAUCGUUCUACCUCUCAAGUUUCCCCAUCUCUUCAUGGAUAAAACCACGAAGAAGAGGAUUCCGAUUCCGAAUGUUAUUUUACUCUACGGGCCGUCGGGAUCGGGAAAGAGGAUGUUAGUUGAAGCUCUCGUUAAGGACGUGACGAGGGUUUGUGACGGUAAUCCUAGGUUUGCUACGUUCCGUUGCAGGGACUUGAUCGUGGAUGAAAGAGCGGUGGCGUCAUUAAAAGACAUCCUUCAACAUGCCAAACUUGGCCCUUCACCUACUCUGAUUCUAAUUGAUGGACCCGAGGCGCUAUACCCGUACGGUCCGGAUCGUGGUAUCGAUAUUUCACCUUCGGACAAGGAAAGGCUUCGGUCCAUCGGGACAGAACUGUUAUACCACAUUGACCAGUCUUACAACUUCAACGUAUUCUUGAUAUUUUCUUCGAGAGUUCCUUGGGAGGUUCAUCCCGUGCUUAGGAAAAGGUUUCGGAAAAGGAUUUACGUCCCACUUCCUGGCAAAGCGGAACGGAAGGAGAUGUUGAAACGAUUUACUAGAAGUGAGGGAACGAGGAACUCCAAGUUGAGCGAAGACGACUACAUCAAGUUGGGCGAUAUGACGAAUGGCUAUUCCGGCCGGGAUAUAAUGACAAUCACGCUUGAUGCUCGGAUACAACCUCUGAGGAGAGAGAUUGUUACUUUCUCUCAGGGCAUCGGAGGUUAUGGUUAUGACGGUCUCAAAAACGAGUCAGGGGAACCUCCUGCGAUCUGUAUGGUGGAUUAUAUGAUUUCUCUCGUGGGUAUGAGACCGUUCGGGGUGGUUGAUAGACGAUAUGUGGAGUGGUCGAACCAGUGUGAUAUGGCGGAGGAGAGUGUAUGA